AUGACACGCCGAUUUCAACGCAAUCGGAUACGAUUUCUGGGCCACGCAACGGGUGGAUCUCUUCCUGGUCGAGUACAGAGAACGAUGAAAAGCUGCAUCGGAUGUUAUGUGAUGAACUUUGUCGGAUGAAGGAAACAAGUUGAAGCAACGCCUUUUUAUGACUUUGGAAAUCGUUGCGACAAGCAAAAAAGAAUUUUUUCAGUUUCUUCAGGAAAAAAUAUCAAACUCCCGCAGGUUUCGGUGAAUGGACAAGACCAUGACUUUUUCAAAUAAGCCGUUUUUUUUUUAUUUUUAAAAGUUAAGCAGUCGAGGACUUUGAAAACUUGCAGUAUUCAAGUAGAAAAAGUUUCCAAAAUCAUGAGAUACUUUAUGACCGAAAAAAAUCUUGACUGAAAAAAAAAUCAAGAAGUGUCCGAGUUAUUGAGCUACCAGUCGACGCCGUGAAUCGUAUCAAACGAUGAAUUAUUUCCUAUUUUCUUUUUUCUCCUUUCAAUUUCGCUUUUGACAAAUAAAAAAGUAGCAAAUGAACUGUACCACACUAAAUUUUUUGCAGCCUGUUCUCUAGUUUUACUUCCUCGUUGCGAUAAGAGAAUAACAAUUUGUGAGAACUGGAAGUCGAACCUCCGGAUUUUUUCGAGAAUAUUAUGAGAUGAAAUAGCCGAAAAAUUGGACCUGGGACUAGGACAUGACAAAAUGAUAGACCUGGACCUAUCAUAAUCAGUGCUGUAAAGAGUCUUCUUUUGUAUAUUGAUGAUCAUUCAGCCUCAUAAACUAUUCGAAAAAUAAGUAAGAAAGAAGGCGGGAAAAUGAGUCGAAAUACACCGGAAAAGCCUGACCAACAUUAUAUUGUUGAAAAAUUUUUAUCGGAGAAUAAUUUCCAGAUUCCCGACGCUAGAAAAAAUUCUGAUGAGAACCUUAUAGGACCUUUUUUCAAUUUUUGGAUUCUCCUCGUAAUUUUUUUGAGGAAAUUCGCUGCAAUUUAGAUCUGGCAGUUUCAAAAAAACUCAAUUUUUAUACCGGUAAAAAAAAUCCCUGUUUUUUAUCAGAAAUUUGUCUCUGAAACCAAAAUUUUUCUGAACGAACUCUACAAUAAUGACCAACAGAACACAUCGAUUCUCGUAGAAAACCUUCUUUGAUUAUAAAAAAACAAUUCGGCAAAGAGCUGAUUUUCGUUCAUUUUUUUUGCCAUUCAGCGAAGACCUAAUGACAGAAGUUCAGCUUCUGAAUGAUUCACACGUUUUGAAAGCGUGGAAUCGUCAUCAAAGUUCGUUCUCUCUCUAUUGUGCGGCGCAAUCUGGGCGUCUGUUUGAGGCCUCCCUAUGAGAAGUCUUGAUCAAUAAAGAAGAAGAUGGUAUCUCAAGGGCGCCUAUAAAAGGUGCGAAUCGAACUGUCACACCAGGUUCUCGACCAUGAAGUUCUUCGUCGUUGCUCUUCUUUGCGCCCUUGCCGCCUACGCCUAGUGAGUUUCUACUUUAAUUCAUUGACCACCUGAGGAAUAAUAAUCUAAAUUUUAAUUUUUAUCUAACUGAGAUGAACUUUAAAAUUCUUUAAUAGUACAUAUCAGUAAAGUUGUUGAAACAGUAAUGUGUUGAGCUCUUGCAAAAUUAUUUUUUUCAGAUUUAAUGUUAAGCUUAACCCUGUGAGUCUCAUGUAGUUUAUUCAAAGUGAGCAAGACACCCGAAGCAAUAUUUCUUCGAACUGUCAUAGUAAUCGCCUAUAAAUUUCAAAAAUCUGUAUCAUGGUUUUGAAACAUCAAAAAAAAAUUCAAUUUGAACCUUUUUGCCUAUUUUUCAAGCGCUUGACAAGUGAACUUUUCCUUGAAAUAUUUGAUUCAAGCUAUUUUCGGCGAUCUGGAACAACAAAAACGCUCACGAAUCUUGCUCAACUCCUCCAAAAUUUUCAUUUUUCAGCGCUGCUCCUCAGCGAACAAUCAUCAAGGAGACGGUGAUCCAAGGCGGUCCUGGAUACGGCGGCCGAGGAGGCUUCGGCGGCGGACCUGGCUUCGGCGGCGGACCUGGCUUCGGCGGUGGUCCCGGAUACGGAAACCGUGGAGGCUUUGGCGGAGGACCUGGAUUCGGAGGCGGUCCUGGAUACGGAGGCCGCGGAGGCUUCGGAGGUGGCCCAGGAGGCUUCGGUCGCGGUGGACAGACCACCAUCAUCAAGGAGACCGUCAUCCGCGGUUAA